AUGGUUUUGAAUACCAUAUGGGAGAUGUUACGUCAGGCAUUUGAAGCUAUUAAGGGCGCGCUUGCUAAAGUAAAGGAAUUAUUGGCACUUCGGAAGUCCAUAGAACUACUGGGCAGGAUAUUGCAUGCAGUAGGGGUGGUAAUUGUUGAGGAGAUUGAAUCCCUCAUGGAGCGGAUCCAUAACUGUCACACCCCAUUGGAUUGGGCCAGAUUCACGUGUGAAUUGCUACUCAUCUACGUCGCUCCCACAGUUAUCGUAGUAAGGCGAAAGGAUUGCCACUGCCGCAAGCACGAUGGAGUGGGGCGCUGGCACCACGCAUCGGCCCGCCCAUGGCCGUUGUUAGGACGUAAGGCAGGAUACCAGCCUCUGAGUCAGAACACUCCAGAAUUUUGCCAACAAUUCUGGUAG